AUGGGCCUCUGUACGCCUAUGUACAUACGGCUGUACGGCAGGAAGUUCAGCAAGGAGGACCAUGUGCUGUUCAUCAAGCUGCUGUACGAGUUGAUCACCAUCGACAAGCUGGAGAUCAGUAUGAUGCAAGGCCUAGCCCGGCUACUCAUCAACCUCCUCAAAAAAACAGAGUUGCUGUCGCGUGAGGACCUGGAGUUGCCUUGGAGACCACUGUACGAGCUGCAAGACAGGAUCCUCUACUCAAAGACCGAACACCUGGGCCUCAACUGGUUCCCCAAUUCUCUACGGCCUCGUGCUUCCUCUAAACACGUAAUGAUAAAAUUGUUUCAGAGGUGCUCGGUGGAAAAUGUUCUGAAGACACUUGUGAAAAGCUGCAGACCGUAUUUUCCGGAGUCGGCCACCCAGGAGAUGUUGGAGGAGUGGCGUCCACUGCUCUGUCCAUUUGACGUGACCAUGCAGAGAGCAAUAGGAUACUUAGAGCUCUUCCUCCCCACCACCCUACCCCCAGAGCUGCACCACAAGGGCUUCAAGUUGUGGUUUGAUGAGCUCAUCAGCUUGUGGGUGGCAGUACAGAACCUUCCAGGUUGGGAGGUGCAUCUUGUCAACCUGUUUGCCCGCUUGGCCAACGACAACAUUGGCUACAUUGACUGGGACCCAUAUAUACCCAAGAUCUUCACCAGAGUGCUGCGGAGUCUGAACCUCCCAGUGGGGACCAGUCAGAUGCUGGUUCCCAGAUACCUGACAAACGCCUACGAUGUCGUACACGUGGUCCUCUGGGUCUCCGCUUUACUGGGAGGCCCCAGUAAACAAGCCCAGGCACAGCUCCGUGGCCUUUUCAACAGCAUCACGUCUUUCUUCCACCCAUCCAACCAUGGACGCUGGCUGAUGAAGUUGAUGAAGCUGCUGCAGCGCCUCCCGGCCAGCGUGGUAAGACGGCUCCACCGCGAGCGCUACCGGAAGCCCACGUGGCUCACUCCUGUACCGGACAGCCACAAGUUGACGGAGGCAGACAUCACGGCGUUCGUGGAGAGUAUGAUGCAGCCGGUGCUGCUGGCCAUGUUCAGUAAGACGGGCAGUCUGGAUGCUGCUCAGGCCUUGCAGAACCUGGCCCUCAUGAGACCUGAACUUGUCAUACCACCAGUGCUGGAAAAAACCUACCCUGCUAUGGAGACCCUGACAGAACCCCACCAGCUGACUGCCACCCUGAGCUGUAUGAUCGGCGUGGCUCGCAGCCUGGUGUCUGGGGGACAGCGCUUCCCUGAGGGCCCCACACACAUGCUGCCCCUCCUCAUGAGGGCUCUGCCCGGUGUUGACCCCAAUGACUUCAGCAAGUGCAUGAUAACAUUCCAAUUCAUUGCUACGUUUGUUACUCUUGUGCCUUUGGUGGACUGUUCCUCUGCUGUUCAUGAAAGGAGCGACCUGACAGAGGUGGAGAGAGAGAUGUGCUCAGCCUCGGCAGAGUUUGAGGACUUUGUUCUUCAGUUCAUGGACAGGUGUUUUGCCCUGAUAGACAGCAGUACUCUAGAGCAGACCAGAGAGGAGACCGAGACCGAGAAGAUGACCCAUCUGGAGAGCCUGGUGGAGCUGGGACUAUCUUCUACCUUCAGCACCAUCCUCACACAGUGCUCUAUAGACAUCUUCAAGGUGGCUCUGGAGAAGGUCUUCAUCUUUGCCACCACCAACAUCUUUGAGACUCGUGUGGCUGGCAGGAUGGUGGCUGACAUGUGCAGAGCAGCCUCCAAGGUUCACCCUGCACAGUCUUUAAAGCUUUUGGUACCACACUGCUGCAAUGCCAUAAACCAGCUCACUGUCAAUGAGGAGGUGUUGAGUGAGGAGGAACUGGAUAAGGAGUUACUAUGGAACCUUCAGCUACUGUCAGAGGUGACUCGUGUGGACGGGGACAAGAUCCUCCCCUACAGCACCCAGCUGGUUCAGAUCCUGCAGCUGACCCUCCACCUGAAGUGUAAACAGGGCUACACCCUGGCCUGUAACCUGCUGCAUCAUAUCCUGAGGUCUACAGCUCUCAUCUACCCCACAGAGUACUGCAGUGUACCAGGAAGCUUUCAGCAGCCCACACAGGACUACCUGCCCAUCAAGGACUGGGGUCGUCCGGGGGACCUGUGGAACCUUCACAUCCAGUGGCACGUCCCCAGUGUGGAGGAGACCAGAUUUGUGUUCUAUGUUCUGGACCUGAUCUUACAGCCAGAGCUGCUGCGACUGCAGAGAUACGCCCAGGGGGAACGGGACAUGACCAGGGAUGACGUCCUACAGAGUUUGUCUAUCGUACAGCACUGCCUUCUGGGAGCAGGAAGUCUGUUUCCACCGCUGCGAGGAGAGCCCAUCCCAGAACUGGUUACUAGCAUGGUGAAUCUGGGUGAGACCAACCUCUUCACAGGAGUGUCCUAUGAUGUGUCCAGAGAGAACUACAGAGAUGCUAUCUGUAGAGUGAUGAGGCAGUUGCUACAUCACAUUCUGGAACACUCCGAGGACGACACAAAGUCUCUAUUCUCCAUCAUCAAGAUCAUCAGUGACCUGCUACACUUCAAAGGCUCCCAAAAACACGAGUUUGACUCUCGCUGGAAGAGCUUCAACCUGGUCAAGAAGUCCAUGGAGAACAGGCUUCAUGGCAGGAAGCAGCACAUCAGAGCCCUACUGAUCGACAGAGUUAUGCUACAGCAUGAGCUUCGUAAGCUAACAGUGGAGGGGUGUGAGUACAGGAGUAUCCACCAGGAACUGAUGAGGGAUCUGCUGAGGCUAUCCACCAGCACCUACAGUCAGGUGCGUAGCCGGGCUCAGAGUGUGCUGUUCACGGCUCUGGGAACCUAUAACUUCUGCUGCAGGGACGUGAUCCCCCGUGUGCUGGAGUUCCUGGAACCAGACCGCUCUGACGUCACACAGCAGCAGUUCAAAGGUGCCUUAUACUGUCUCUUGGGGAACCACAGUGGGGUGUGCCUGGCCAACCUGCACGACUGGGACUGCAUCACCCUGACCUGGCCUGCCAUCGUCCGCUCAGGACUCAGCUCAGCUAUGUCCCUGGAGAAGCCCUCCAUCGUCCGCCUGUUCGACGACCUCGCUGACAAGAUCCACCGCCAGUACGAGACCAUCGGCAUAGACUUUGCUAUCCCAUCAGAAUGCCGUGCGGUGGCGGUGCAGCUCCAGACCUCUGGUGUUCCUCUGCCCCCGGAACCUGUCCCCUCAGACCAAGAAGAAGCAGAGGGCCUCAGGAAGCAGGAGGAGAAGAACUUAGACUCUGAACAGAAAUAUGACAAGCUGGUUGGUGAACUUCUGGACCGCCUCAAUGACAGAAACAUGCCCUGGAAGUUUGAGCACAUUGCCAUUGGCUUCAUGUCUCUGUUACUGAGGGAUGACCACCCCCUCCCCUCCCCCGCUGUCCUUUUCUUCGUCAAGAGCCUCAACCAUGACUCCCUCCUGGUCCGCAAGGUGGCGAUAUCAGCUGUUGCAGGGAUCAUGAAGCAACUCAAGAGGCCACACAGAAAAGUACCAGUCAGCCCCAACACGCUCUGUGGUAUGAAAGAGCUGGCUGGUUUGAUAGCAGGGGACAGGCCUGAUAACCAGUGGCUCCAGUAUAACAGUAGCAGUCUGCCUCGUACCCAGCAGGACUGGGAGGGCUGUACGUUUGUAGAGAAGACCCACUGGGGAUACUACAGCUGGCCACAGAAACUCAUGAUGUACGCUCCUGAGGAGCAGCCCAAACAAGGACUGACCAGGGAGGAGAUGACAGAGCGAGAGCAGAUCAUCUAUGACCACUUCUCAGAUCCAGGAUUCAUCAACCAACUGAUUGAGUUCCUCUCUCUGGAGGACCGCAAGGGCAAGGACAAGUUCAGUCCCCGCAGGUUCUGCCUUUUCAAGGGCCUGUUCCGGAACUUCAACGAUGCCUUCCUGCCCCUGUUGAAACCACACAUGGAGCGUCUGGUGGCCGACACACAUGAGAGCAAACAGCGCUGUGUAGCAGAGAUCACCUCUGGACUGAUCAGAGGCAGCAAGCACUGGAGCUAUGGCAAGGUGGAGAGUCUGUGGGAGCUGCUGUGUCCUCUGAUCCGUACAGCUCUGAACAACAUCACUGUAGAAACAUACGCUGACUGGGGCACCUGCAUCGCCACAGCCUGUGAGAGCAGAGACCCCAGGAAACUCCACUGGUUGUUUGAAAUGCUGAUGGAAUCUCCAGUCAACGGGGAGGGGGGAUCCUUCGUAGAUGCCUGUCGUUUGUAUAUUCUGCAGGGAAGCCUGACUCGGCAGGAGGGUUAGAUUCAUGAAUUAACUAAACUAAAGGUGUUAAUCUCCCUCUGCCUCCUCUUUCGCUCUCUUUCCUCUCUCUUCUCCAGCGUCCUCACCUACAUCUUCAUGAUAGACGUCAACCUGCCGUACACCCAGCCCACGGCCUCGCCCCACAUCAAGGAGUUCACAGAGCGCAUACUGCUGCGCCUCAAACCCCUGACGGAGGGGGACGAGGAGAUCCAGAACCACGUGGUAGAGGAGAACGAUGUGGGGGAGCAGGAUGAGAGGACACAGGCCAUCAAACUACUGAAGACAGUACUCAAGUGGCUGAUGGCCAGUGCUGGACGCUCCUUCUCCACGGCCGUUCCAGAGCAGCUCCAGUUGCUACCCCUGCUGUUCAAGAUCGCUCCGGUGGAGAAUGAUGACAGUUAUGAUGAGCUGAAGAGGGAUGCAAAGACCUGUCUGUCUCUGAUGUCCCAGGGACUACUCUACACAGAGCAGAUACCACUGGUCCUGCUGGCCCUGCAAGAGAUAGCGGGUAGCAGUUCGUGGCAUGCUCGCUACACGGUGCUGACGUACCUACAGAUCAUGGUCUUCUACAACCUGUUCACCUUUAUGAGCGACCAGGGAGCUGUCAACGACGUCAGAGCACUGGUCAUACGCCUGCUGGAGGACGAGCAGCUGGAGGUGAGGGAGAUGGCUGCCACCACUCUGAGCGGUUUCCUUCAGUGUAACUUCCUGUCCAUAGAGGGCCCCAUGCAGAGCCACUUCGAGGCCCUCUGUAAGACCCGCCUACCCAAGAAGAGGAAGAGGGAGCUGGGCUCCGUGGUGGACACCAUCCCCUCUGGAGAUCUAGUGAGGCGACAUGCUGGAGUGUUAGGUCUGAGUGCCUGUAUCCUGUCCAGCCCCUACGAUGUUCCCAGCUGGAUGCCCCAGCUACUGAUGAACCUGAGUGUCCACCUCAAUGACACACAGCCCAUUGAGAUGUCUGUGAAGAAGACCCUGUCUAACUUCCGGCGGACUCAUCAUGACAACUGGCAGGAACACAAACAGCAGUUCACUGACGACCAGCUGCUGGUUCUGACCGACCUGCUUGUCUCUCCCUGCUACUAUGCCUAGAUACCUGGGCCCUGGUACAACUUUCAGAUGGAGAUAAUGUUUUCUUAAACGGAGGAAUGACACCCUGAAUGCCCUCUUUGAGCCACUCAACAGUUCCUUGCUCUGUUAUUAGUCUGGGAAAGCCUCAAACUGAACAGAACAGGGCCGUAUUCACAAAGCGUCUGAGUACAAUUGCUGAUUUAGGAUCAGUUUUGCCUUUCAGAUCGUAUUGAAUACCAUUAUAUGGACAUGGCGACCUGAUCCUGGAUCAGCAGCGCUACUCUGAGACGCUGUGUGACUUCCAGAACAGACGAGCCUGCAUGAGGGGAGACGGGCCUCACUUUCAGGUCCCUGCCCUCUGACCAGACCAACGGACGACACCUGGGUCAUUUUCACUAGGCACCAAACAUAAUGAAACGAGGAGGAACUACCUGGAUGUUUCCUUAGGAAAAGGUUUUUGCUACGUUGUGCCGUAACGAAUACAACCCUGUACCCUGAGGACCUUGGGGAGGGGGGGAAUAUGCAUACGUAAUGGGUGGAUGGAAUGGAUGGAGUUGUGUAUUUGUUUUUAGCGCUCAUUUACAUUUCUACUAUACUUAAUAUUUAAGGAUAAACCAUAGCAUGGGUGAUUGAUCUGCACUUUGUAAUAUUACUGUAAUAUUACUGUACAGUUGAUUUAUCUUGUUCUUCUCGUGUGUGUGUGUGUGUGUGUGUGUGUGUGUGUGUGUGUGUGUGUGUGUGUGUGGAAUGCUUGAUGAAGAUACCUGCAGGUUUCCCUCGAUUGCUGGUCCAAGUUGUAGUGCGUGUUCCCCCAUUAGUGCACCACUACGCCUUAGGACCAGAGCUAGUUUUCCCCCGUAAUAUUGCUCUCAAUACAACAGCCCCUCAAUGUUAUCAACUCUGCACCAACUAACUAUAUUAUCCCACUAGAGCAAGGCUCUCUAGUCCUGUUCCUGGGGAGCUGCUGUCCUGUAGGUUUCACUAUGACCCUAAUCUAGCACACCUGAUUCUAAAAACGAUGUGGUUGAUCAGCUGAGUUAAGAUAGUUACAACUGGGGUUGGAGUGAAAACCUACAGGAGGCUAGCUCCCCAGGAACAGGGUUGAAGUGAAAACCUACAGGAGGCUAGCUCCCCAGGAACAGGGUUGAAGUGAAAACCUACAGGAGGCUAGCUCCCCAGGAACAGGGCUGGAUUGAAAACCUACAGGAGGCUAGCUCCCCAGGAACAGGGCUGGAUUGAAAACCUACAGGAGGGUAGCUCUCCAGGAACAGGAUUGGAUUGAAAACCUACAGGAGGGUAGCUAUCCAGGAACAGGGUUGGAGUUAAAACCUACAGGAGGGUAGCUCUCCAGGAAACAGGGUUGGAGAGCCCUGCUCUAGAGGAUAGGAACCAUAUUGUCCCAGGUCUCCAAUGAAGUGUUCUUAGCCACAGUCUGUAUGUGUUCAGAUGAUCGUUCAUUAUCAUUAGAUUAGGAGUGUUUCCCAAAUGGACCCUUUUCCUUUUAGUGCACUACUUUUGACAAGGGCCCAAAAGGCUCUGAUCAAAAGUAGUGCACUAUAUAGGGAAUAGAGUGUCAUUUGGGACAUAACUUAGAUUUUAACCUGGCACACACAUUUACAUACUUGAUGUUUGUGUACUUUGUUUAUCUCUGCUAUAUGCAUAUUUUAUUAUGUGUGUAUACCAUGUGUAUGUAACAUAAAUGCACAAACAGGUUUAUUUAUUUGUUUGAAGUGCUGAUUUUAUUAUUCUUAAGAGUUGCUGGUAAUGAAAGCUUUUGGUUUGUGAGUAGAUAGAUUGUUCAGCUUGUUAGUGACGAAGCAUUUGAUGUAAUCUGCUCUCGCUUGGGCAAUGAUGACUAUGUAGCAGAGUGAAUGUGUGAGUGUGUGUUCAUUCCUCAAGGCUAUGUGCAAGGUUUUCAGCGGAUGGGUACAUUUUAAUCAUCAUGGCAUGUCUAAACCCCUCUCAAAACCCCAAGGGACUCAUUUCCCAGACACAGAUCAAGCCUGGUCCUGGACUAAAAAGCAUGAUAUAAUUGGAGUCUCCAUUGAAACAAAGCUUUUUAGUCCAGGACCAGGCUUGAUCUGUGUCUGGGAAACGGGGCCCAAGGAAUAGCCAAACAUCCUGUCCACCACCUUAGCAUCGCACCCCUUCCCCUCUACUCAUCAAUAUAACAUUGUUCUCCAUUCUUUUUAAAAAUCCUAGUGAGAGAUUUAUUUUUGGUUCAAUAUUUACUUUUCCAUGAAGACUUGAAAAUCUAGUCUCAUUGGUUCAGUUUAGUACCUCACACCUGUUUAGUGUAGUGCCAAAACUGCAGUGAUUAUUUUUAGAUGUACUGUUUUCUGAAGAAAAUAAAGAAAUUCAUGGGUUGUUUGUAACAAA